GUGAAAGAGAAGAAUCACCCCAACUUGGGUGGGUUGCCGCUUUCACCGCUUGCCCAUGGCAGCGUGUAGCACGAAUUACUUCAAACAGCUCUAGACCCCCACAACCAGGCCACCCAACACUCGCUCCUCGCUCACAGUCAACAUACAACUGUGAAGCCCAUAGACGAGACCGCUAUCGCUCCCAACGCACACGCCGAAGAUCCUAUGAUAAUGGAGCCCAAGGCCGAGCCGACCGAUAACUUCCUCAAACGUCUCCCCGACGAGCUCAUCGUCCGAAUCGCCGCUUGGCUCUGCGACGAGGCCGCGCAGACGUUUCCCACCCGUGACGGACCAUACGAUUACCAGGAUUUGCUCAAUUCCUCCCUCGUCGACAAGCAACUCGCGCGCUGCGGGCAGGAAGCGCUAGUACGACACAUCGAUCUUACAACCCGCCCAUAUAUCCAAGUAGUGCAGCUGCUUCGGACCCUCCUAGAGAAACCAGAUCUCGUCCGCAAGAUUCGCAGCAUUCGCCUCGCUAUCCCGGAUCGCACCGCGGCCACGGACGAAGAUAGAGCGGCACACCGGUCAGGAACCUUGCUGAUCCAACAAACCUUCGAGUCCCUCGACCUCUCCGACGAGCUGUGGCGGUCCUGGCCAGUUAAGCAGGAGCUCCGACUAGGCGGUGCGGGCUUUCUCAUCAUACCGGCACUUAUGGCCGGGAACCUGAAGCAGCUUGAGCUGAGAGCGGAUGACCUAACGAGCGUGGUUAUACUUCUCUGGCUCCUCUCCAGGUUACCGCAUGCCUGCCACGCUUUAUUCGCAAACUUAGAGACCCUUUAUAUGAGAGAUGAGGAUCCCAGCCCGAAUGUCGAAUUCGCCGCGCGAACGCUCCUGUUGCUGCCAAAGUUGAAGAAGCUAGAACUCAGCUACAUUCCAGUUCGUGAAUCGUUCUCCCGGGAUGCGGUGAUCGAAGAUCUUGUACAAGACGACGAAGGGAGAACAUCGACCGUGGAAGAACUCACGCUAAACGGCUGGUGUCCCCCAAGCGUGCUCGCGCCACUGUUCCAUCAUCUCACGGCGCUCCGAUCGCUCACAUACCGGCCAUUCCCCAGUGGCGCAGAACCUCGCUCCCGAGAUUUUGUUCAAGUGUGGGAUACUCUCUUACUUCUCAAGCAUUCGCUCCAGAAGCUCCAUCUCGAGUUCCCGGCAAGCGAAGGCCGUUACUACCGCAUCUGGCCUCGUAACAUGACCCAAUUUCCGCUCCUCACACACUUCUCGAUCACCGGGAGGUUCCGCCUCAUCCCGGAUUCCCUUCCUUCUUCUUCGGCUGCUGCAGCCUUCCUACAGUCCGUCCCGCCAAACGUGGAAGACGUCACUAUCGCGUGCGAUUCCGCUACAUACGAUCAGUUUACAGCUACUGUAACGCCGCAGGGCGAGGCCGAUAACGGUUGCGCGGAAUGGUUGAAGGAGAUGCGGCCGAUGCUUCGGGUCCUGACUGUUGGGAGAGGCUUGCGGUCGGAAGUGGAGGAGUGGAAGUUUGCGCAGGACAAGCUGAAGCAAGAAGGCGUGACACUGAGACAAUGGAGAGAGGAAGAGGAAAGGGCGUUCGUGGAGAGAUGUGCGGUCUGCGUUUAAAGUACGCCAAACGGCAGGCUGGCUAUUUUCAGGGACAAACUGCAUGUCCACGCUCUUCCGACAGAAAUGGUCAUUUUGGGGGAAGUUUGGUUAAAGAGACUCCCAUCCCUUCUUGCAGCCAAUCUAACCCGUCUUCUCAAGCCGC